AUGCCGUCUAAAAUAGAAUUUACGGUCAACGGUAAAAAAUGUUCAGUGAACGAAUGUACACCCCGGGAGACGACCCUGAACGCGUACUUGCGGUAUGUGUUGGCUCUGCCGGGCACGAAGGCGAUGUGCCACGAGGGUGGCUGCGGCUCCUGCAUCGUCAUGGUGCGCGCCAGGAGGUACCCCAGCGGCAUCGUCGAGACCUUCUCUGUUAACUCCUGUUUAGUUCUGGUGCUAUCAUGCAAUGGUUGGGAAAUCACAACUGUCGAAGGCGUCGGCAACCGUUUAGAUGGCUACAGUGAUGUCCAGAAGCGACUGGUGGCUUUCAACGGUUCCCAGUGUGGGUACUGUACUCCUGGAUGGAUUAUGCAUUUGACCAGUUUAGUCGACAAAAACCUAACAAUGUCCGAAAUGGAGGAGUCUUUUGGCAGUAAUACAUGCAGAUGUACUGGGUUCCGACCUAUCUUGGAUACUAUCAAGUCAUUUGCUAUAGACGCUUCUCCAGAAAUAUGUCAGAAGGUGAGGGAUAUUGAGGAACUAAAUGGGUGUUCCAAAAAUGCUAGAAAUUGCCAAAGAAAAUGUUCAUCGAACAGUGACUGCAGUGAUUGGAGCGUUGUAGCUGACGUCAAGAAAGGGAGUCCAAUGCGUUUCGACUUUGGAAAAUACAAGUUCUUCAAGGUCUAUGAGAUUCAGGACAUUUUUGACAUCUUCAGCAAAUAUGGCGUGGAUUCCUAUAUGCUCGUGGAUGGAAAUACUGCGAAGGGUAUCCUAGAGACAUUUGAGUAUCCCAAUAAUUUAAUUGACAUCAGCGAAGUGAUGGCAUUAAAGACCUAUGACUAUGACCAAAACCUGGUCCUUGGAGCGAAUGUAUCCUUGGAGGACUGCAUUAAAAUCUUCAAGGAAGCUUCUAGUAAGAAGAGCGAGUUCGCAUAUUUGACUGAAUUGGUGAAACAUCUAAAGCUUGUUGCUCAUAUACCAGUCAGGAAGAUUGGCUCCAUAGCUGGUAAUUUGAUGUACAAGCACAAGCUGCCGAGAUAUAAAUCUGACCUCUUUUUACUCUUCGCAUGCAUUGGAGCAACAGUUACUGUCCGUUAUUCCAAUGGCAACACCAAGUCGCUGAAGAUGAAAAAGUUCUUGAAGACUGACAUGGAAGGAGGUGUGUUGAUCAACGUGGAAAUACCACCCCUUAGCAGCUCACACGUGUUCAGAAGUUAUAAGAUCAUGCCAAGAAACCAAAACGCUUUAGCCCACGUAAACGCAGCAUUUCUUCUGAAACUAGGACGUAAGAAAGUAAUAGAGUCAGCAAGCAUUGUAAUUGGUAAUAUUGAUCCGGAAUUUAUUAACGCUACUAAAACUGAAGCGUUUUUGGUUGGUAAGAACAUAUUCAAUGAUGUGAACUUGCAAGCAGCUAUCCAGGUUUUGAGCAAAGAGUUGAAACCUAUUGAAAUACCAGGAGAACCAUCUCCACAGAGCCGGAAGAAAUUGGCUUUGGGUCUGUUUUAUAAGUUCAUUCUCAACAUUAGUCCAGCGGGCACAGCACUCUCCAAAUACAUUUCUGGUGGGGAACUUCUUCAAAGACCUGUUUCUUCUGGUAAAGAAGACUUCCAGACUGACUCCUCAUUAUAUCCGUUGAACAAACCAGUGGAUAAGCUUGAAGCUAAAAUACAAGUGGGAGGUGAAGCGAGGUUCGCGAAUGAUAUACCUCCGUUACCAAGGGAAGUGUUUGGUGCCUUCGUACUUUCCACCACUCAUAGUGGAGAAGUGGACACUAUUGAUGUUGAUGAUGUCAUGUCUAAAGAAGGAGUCGUCGCCUUUUAUACUGCCAAGGAUAUUCCUGGCGUCAAUUCCUUUGGAUUCCCUGGUAUUCAAUUGCAAACCGAAGAAGAAGAAAUUCUUGCGACUAAAAUCAAAUUCUAUGGUCAGCCCAUAGCCGUAGUUGUAGCGACCAGCGAAAAAUUGGCUGAAAAGGUGGCUAAACAAGUCAAAGUGACAUAUAAAAAUGUUGGCACUAAACCUCCUGUACUGACAAUUGACGAAGCAAAGAAAGAUAGCAAGAGAUACGUAGCUGGUACUCCAUCUAUAGAACCAAAUGGUAAAGGGGAUAAUGUAACGAAAGUUAUUAAAGGGAUUUUAGAUUUGGAAGCUCAAUACCAUUAUUAUAUCGAACCUAUAACGUGUGUUGUGGUUCCUGUUGAUAAAGGACUUGAGGUGUACGACUCUUCGCAAUGGAUGGACUUAUCACAGAUUGCUAUUGCGAGGUCUUUGGGAAUACAUGAAAGCGAUGUUGUUAUCAAAGUUCGUCGUGUUGGCGGAGGUUUCGGAGGCAAGAUCAGUCGCAACGUACAGGCGUCUGCAGCCUGUGCAUUGGUUGCCAAGAAACUUGACCGGCCAUGCAGAUUUAUCUUGCCAAUGCAGACAAAUAUGGCCACAGCAGGCAAAAGACUGCCGUGCCAAUGUGAUUAUGAGGUCGGCGUCGAUAACGAUGGUAAAAUCCAAUAUCUGAAUGCGACUAUAGUACAAGACAAUGGUUGUUCCAACAAUGAGAAUAUUCUUGACUUCGUCGUGGGUGGUUUUCCGAACUGCUAUAACACUGAGUACUGGUCCUUGAAGACAGCUACCGUCACUACUGACACACCUUCCAAUUCCUUCGCUAGAGCUCCAGGUACGUGUGAAGGGAUUACCAGUAUAGAACACAUAAUGCAGCACAUUGCGUUUGCGGUGCAGAAAGACCCAACUGACGUCCGUAAAGCAAACAUGAGAACAGAGGACAAUGACCUUCCAGAGAUGAUAGAAACCCUUAAAAAAGACGCAGACUACGACAGACGAGUUACAGAAAUAGAACAAUUCAAUAAAACAAACAGGUGGAUGAAGAAAUCUAUUUCGGUCAACGUUAUGUGCUUCCCAGUAAUCUUCUAUGGUAACUACUCUGCUCUCGUCUCCAUCUACAGAGGUGAUGGUACUGUGACAGUCUCUACAGGAGGUAUAGAAAUGGGACAAGGAAUCAACACCAAAUGCGCUCAAGUUUGCGCGUAUAAACUUGGAAUACCUCUCGAAUACGUCAAAAUUGUUCCUAAUUAUACUUUCAUUGCUGCAAACAACGUAUUCUCUGGAUCUAGUAUCACUACUGAAAGUUGCGUCUAUGCUAUUAUAAAAGCCUGUGAAGUUUUGGAAGAAAGAUUGGCUCCAAUAAAAGAAAGUAUGCCUGAUGCUACAUGGAAACAAAUUAUCCAAAAGGCAGGCGAAGAACAAGUAGACUUAACUUCUCUGUAUAUGAUGAAAGAUACUGAUGAAAAUCUCAAAGGUUACAGCGCAUUCGCUGUGUCUAUUAUUGAGGUGUUACUUGAUGUCACCACCGGUAGGUUCCAGAUUGUUCGAGCUGAUGUUUUGGAAGACGUUGGUGUUAGUGCCAACCCUAAAUUGGAUGUGGGUCAGGUCCAAGGCGCAUACAUUCAAGGUAUCGGCUACUUCACUUGUGAGAAGUUGAUUUAUGAUAAAACCACGGGCAAAUUGGAAACCAAUCGCUCCCUAACUUAUCACGUACCUCUCGCCCUGGAUAUACCAGUAGAAUACAACGUCAAGUUGAGGUAUAACCAUAAGAAUCCGAAUGGAGUUCUUGGAUCUAAGACAUGUGGUGAGAUGGGCAUCUGUUCAGCUCACGGUAUAACGCAUGCGCUGCGCCAGUGCAUCAUGGAGUCCCGCAAGGAUUCAGGCUACGAUCCCAACGAAUGGAUUUAUAUACCGGUGCCGUACGAGACAGAAGUAAUAUUGAAGGCGUUGGACGUGAAACCUGAAGAAUUUCUCCUUAACGCCUAA